UUACUUGCACUCUUUGGUUAGCUAUUUGUAGCUGUUAGCUUUACCGUACAGCACAUCCCGAUCGAGGAUGAUGAUGAGCAAGAAGCUAGUGUAGACUGAUGGCAGUAAACUGCCAGUUAUGCAUAUUUGUACGUUGAUUAACUGUAACGGUUUAACAAAGACAGAAUCAAGAUUAAAUCUACGCUUAUAAUAUCAAUUUGUUGGAGAAGAUGGCAGCACGUCCCGUCUCUUAUGACAGUCACUCUAGCGACUCAGAAAACUGGGAUCAAGAGACAGCUUGUCGGUCCAGGACAGUUUGCAGACAUUCAAGCGCUCAGCCGCGUGGAGCUCAGCUGGAGGCCGACCUCGUGAAAAUGAGCCUCCAUGGAGCCAGCGGAGGAGGACCCUUGGACCACCCGAGGGAGAGACGGCGGUCUGGAGAUCGAUCCAGGGACUCUUCACACGAGAGGAGUGAAGGACAGUUGACCCCCUGCAUCAGGAACGUCACCUCCCCUAUACGCCAGCAUCUCAGCGAACGGGAGUUAAGCUGUUCGUCCCGCUCCACGAGUCCCAGACCUCACAAAGUGUGCACCUCCAGUAUGUUGUACAGUGACUCCCACAUUAAAACCCACAUCUCGUCUGACAUGAUCUACGUGUACGAAAAUGCCAAGGAAGGCACUCGCAGUGUAAGGAGCACCGAGAGAGUGACUCUAAUCGUGGAUAACACACGCUUUGUUGUCGACCCAUCAUUCUUCACCGCCCAACCCAACACCAUGCUCGGCAGGAUGUUUGGCUCCGGAAGGGAACACAACUUCACGCGCCCUAAUGAAAAGGGCGAGUAUGAGGUUGCCGAUGGAAUCAGCUCCACUGUAUUCAGAGCCAUUUUGGAUUACUACAAAUCUGGGAUAAUCCGCUGCCCCGAUGGGAUAUCCAUUCCGGAGCUGAGAGAAGCUUGUGACUACCUUUGCAUCGCUUUCGACUAUAGCACCAUCAAAUGCAGAGACCUCAGUGCACUCAUGCACGAGCUGUCCAAUGAUGGGGCCCGGCGGCAAUUCGAGUUUUAUCUGGAGGAGAUGGUCUUGCCUUUGAUGGUGGCCAGCGCUCAGAGCGGAGAGAGGGAGUGCCACGUGGUGGUGUUGACGGAUGAAGACGUGGUCGACUGGGAUGAAGAGUAUCCACCGCAGAUGGGAGAGGAAUAUUCACAAAUUAUAUACAGCACAAAACUAUACCGGUUCUUCAAAUACAUCGAAAACCGAGACGUUGCCAAGUCGGUUCUAAAGGAGAGAGGACUGAAGAAAAUCAGAUUAGGCAUUGAAGGAUAUCCAACCUAUAAAGAAAAAAUAAAGAAGCGACCCGGCGGGCGCCCCGAGGUCAUCUACAACUACGUCCAGAGGCCCUUCAUCCGCAUGUCCUGGGAGAAAGAGGAAGGCAAAAGCCGGCACGUGGACUUUCAGUGCGUUAAAAGCAAGUCGAUCACCAACCUCGCUGCAGCCGCUGCAGACAUUCCCCAAGACCAGCUGGUGGUCAUGCACCCCGGUCCUCAGGUGGAUGAACUGGACAUCCUGCCCAACCACCACCCCCAACCCAGCCACCACUAUGAUCCAGAUCCAGAUGCCUCUUCACCGGCCAUGUGACCCCACCCUUUCCUCACCACUUCAGUACACCUCUUGCCACUCCAGCACUGCAGAUGCAGGUCAGCCAAGUCUUGCUGCCAAGACCGCAUUGCCUUUCUUUAAGUCCUCUCCCGCCUUAUGACUCUCAAAGACUGAACGCUACGUCAGCACAAAUGUGAAACGCCCUUUGUACACUUUGCCUUUCUUUCCCCUUGUAGAUUACACCAAAGGAGGUUUUUUUUAAUUGAAUUACACACCUUAAACGUUUGAAGGAAAUUCAGUAACCACUCCUUUUAAUAGUGUUUAAAAAGACUGUCUGUGUGGUGCUGUACGGCUAAACUUGGCAAUAAAAAGAAGCACAACCCACUCGCCGUGUCUGCACUGCAAGGACAGAUGGUGACGCCUAGAACAGGAGUGUUAUAAUUAACAAAGCUGUCUACUUUGCAAAUGCACAAGGUAGUUGAUUAUAACCGGAGCCUUCUAGUUGUGAAUUGGCGUAAUGGAGCACCUGUGUAGCACCACUGUGAUGCAUGGAGUCUGAAUGAUUUUGAACUAUUUUAGUGAUGUCACUUUUGUCAGUGAUGUUUUUAUUGUACUUUUCAUUUUAAUGUUACUUGUAGCUACAAUCAGGUGCUGCAACAAAUGCUGAGAAGUUCCUCUUGUGUAGCACAUAAGAAAUGGUCUUUUAAUAAAUAUGACGAAAUCAGUAA